UAAAAGAAAAAUGGGGAUAAGAACUAUUUGGGCAUUAUUAAUGAUGAUGAUGAUAAUUGAAGUAGAGUCGAGUCUUCACAGAGUAGGCGGUGGAAAAUACAAUUGGAAACCCGAUGUUAACUUCUCCGAUUGGGCCAACCACCAACGCUUCUACUCCGGCGACUGGCUCUAUUUUGGGUUCGAUCGGACCCGUCACAACAUCCUCCAAGUAAACAAGAGUAGCUACGAGCAGUGCAUCGAUAAUGAUUUUAUAUUCAACGUGACAAGAGGAGGACGAGAUGUGUUUCAACUUCUUCAACCAAAGCCUUAUUACUUUAUUUGCGGUAGAGGUUAUUGCCUCAAAGGAAUGAAGCUCUCCGUUAACGUCCUUCCUCAGCCGCCGCCUUCAACUACGACCGUUCCCAUCAUUCCCGCCUCAACAGCCAACACUCUCAUAAUAGACUCAAACGCUUUCACCGCUAUUGCUACCACCAUUCUCACGGUCUUCAUUUAUAAAGCUUUAUACUUCGACUAGGCUAGGUGGCUAUUUCGUUUCUUUGUUGAAUUGGAUUUUGGUGAUAUGUGACUAUUUCGUUUCUUUUUUUAAAUGGAUUUUGUUGCUUUAAAUUGAA